AUGGGGAGCGCUCCGUGUCCAGCCGGCGAGUGGAAGGGGAGGGGCCGAGGAGGCCUGCAGGAGCUGGGCUGCAUGCCCUGGAAGGUCAGCAAGCAGAAGUACGGAGGAGGAGAGGUGGUGGUGGGAGCGGAGGAGAGGAGGUGCAGGGAUCCCAGGGACUCUCAACAGCAGCAGCAGGAUCUGUCGUCUUCCACCUCCUCCCUCACCCCUCCAGCGCCUCCCCAAGCCUCUUUGACACCUCCAGCCAUUUAUCAUGAGAAGCAGCGGAGGGAGCUGUGCGCCCUGCACGCGCUCAACAACGUCUUCCAGGACGGGACAGCCUUCAGCCGGGACACCUUGCAGGAGAUCUACCAGAGGCUUUCUCCCAGCACGCUGGUGACGCCCCAUAAGAAGAGCAUGCUGGGAAAUGGGAACUAUGAUGUAAAUGUCAUUAUGGCAGCCCUGCAGACCCGAGGGUUUGAGGCAGUUUGGUGGGAUAAAAGAAGGGAUGUUGGCAGCAUCGAGCUCUCCAAUGUGACCGGCUUCAUUCUGAAUGUGCCGUCCAACCUGCGCUGGGGGCCCCUGCGGCUGCCGCUCAAACGCCAGCACUGGAUAGGAGUCAGAGAGGUGGGAGGAGUCUACUACAACCUGGACUCCAAGCUGCGUAGCCCUCAACCCAUUGGCAACCAGGAAGAGCUCAGGAAGUUUUUGCGCCAGCAGCUGCGAGGGAAGAACUGUGAACUCCUAUUGGUCGUUUCAGAGGAAGUGGAGGCGCGGCAAACGUGGCGGUCUGAAGGCUGAGGGGUUAACCGGCCAAUCACAGCUCCAACUGGGCCAACAGCCAAUUUCAGAAUGAACGGGAGAGAAAGUUGAGUCGUGCACAGCCAAACACAAAUGGAUGCACACUUAAAGAUGUAUUUUUCCCCCUUUUUUUAUUUGGGUUUUGUUUACACGGCCUUUGCUGGACUCUUAUCUGAUAAGAUGCAAAGCAGUGAAGGAAACACUUUACAGGGAGAAUCAAAGAAUCACAGUCCACUUCUCACAGCACAGUCAAGACUUGUGAGAAGUUAUUAUUCUGUUUCUGCUACUCUUGUGUUUUUUUAUAUAUAUUGACUAUUUUUCAAUGUUUGUUUUUGAGCUGUUGUUUUUUUUUACUGUUCAAGUUCCAAAGUUUCCAAAGUCGUGGGAAUUCUGACUUUCUGAAAACAAGCUGCGUUUCUCUGCUUGUCUCCAUCGGUGAUCCUCACCCGUGAUCCUCACCCGUGUGUUUUUCCGUGUUCCUGUCUCUCCCUGUACGUGGUGAAUCUGUCGCUGUCCGUUUCCUCCAUCCUUCACUUUCACCGAAGCGUGCCCUCCCUUACCUCAGUGCCACGCCAUCUUACUUCUCCUCUAUGUCACUUUGUUCACAUCACAGGACAAAGUCAGUGGUGUAUCACGUUGCCAACUUCGUAUUUCAUCCAUUUUUCAAACACUUCUGGUUCAGACUGAGCCUUCACUGUGCAGAGGCUGUGCUGACACAACCGUUUUAUAAUGGCAACAAAGCAAUGCAACACGCAGGCCAUGCACUCCCUCUAGUGGAUCCUUAACCUCCGUUUCCUUCCUUGCUCUUUUUUUUACGGUUUUCACUUUCAAAUGGUCACUACAAAGUAAAGAAGUCUGCUUGUCAUCAAAGAAGUCAUUCUAAUAAUAAUCAUCCUUUAGUGGAGUUUUGCUGUAACAAUCAAGUAAGGCCGAUAAAGAAACAGGACAUCUAAAUUAUUAAUAGAAUUUAACUGAUCAAAGUCUACAGUUCAGGUUUAAGGGCCUCUUACUCGCUUGAUGUGAAGCUUUGAUCAAAUUGAACGGUGCUUGUCAGCAGAUUUAGUUGGCUCAGUUGUCAUGGAAAUGUACACGCUCAAACUCUAAUCUCGUAAGCAGUAAAGAACGUGCAACAUUCUUUAAAAUCAACAUUUAAAUCAUUUUCUAAACAUAAAUUCAGAUUCUGACUUUUUUCAGGUGAAUUUUUGCAGGAUUGCUGAGUCAUUAAUGACAAAAGCAUGUAUCUUGUUGUUUGGACACUAACUUGAACAAUGCAAACAAUGAAUAUACAAAUACCAGCUCUGGAAAAUGUUCUGACUUUUUAUCGACUGUAAAAGAAAACAAUCAAAAAAAUAAACCGCAGAUUCAUUGAUAAUCAAAAUAAAUUUCAGUUGCACCCCUACUUCUAUGGUAACUCAGAAACUAGAAAUCUGCUGAUGAGGACUAGUUUGUCCUUAGAGUUUCAGCACAUUAUUUACAAAGAUAUCAUAUAGGUUUAAAGAAAUAUUGUUUUUGCUUCUCUUGCAUAAUUACAAAACAGACAACCACACGAGGACACAACACAGAAAACGUCAUUCUGUUCCUGUUUCUUCAUUUUUUCAUUUUCAAAUGAUCUCCACCGCCGCAGCCCUCUGUAGCACAAGUGCUGAGCCAUUGCAGUUCUCCUCCUCCUCCUCCUCCUCCUCC